UAGCCUUUGGUAUGUUUGUCUACAAUAUCAAUAGCUUACAUAGUGUGAAGCGGAGCAAAAUAAAUAAAUAUAUUUAAUUAUAAUAUAAUAAUAAGUGUGAUAGUGCUCCAGUGGUCGCAUCAGCAAUCGCAGAGUAUUUUUUGACCGGCCGGUUUAUGCACACAAAUUGAACUUGCAUUGCUUUGGUAGGGCUUCUCUAACGCUAACGCUUACGCUUCAAACGAGCAUCAAUGGUUACCAUGGAGAACAGCGAUGAGAUUCUACAAAUUUUAGAGCGUUUCACACAGCUCAAGCAGAAGGAAAUACCCAAAGAGCUGGAGGACUAUUUGCAGUAUGUGGCCAAGACCGGCGACACCGUCUUCAAGUGGUCCAGCCUCAAGUAUUUGUUCCGCGAAAAGCUGCUAAGUGUGAUCAAGCACUUUAACGAGGAUCCACCGCGUCUAGAGGAGAUACCCAAUUACCCGAACGUCGAUCCCUUCAACUUUGAGACAAUGAAGGCCUCCCUGCUGGAGCGUCUCGAUUUAUUCAAUGCUGCUCCCUUCACGGUGCAGCGGCUCUGUGAGCUACUGAUUGAGCCUCGCAAGCAAUACUCGCGCAUCGACAAGUACAUGCGAGCGCUCGAGAAAAAUAUACUGGUUGUUAGCACCAUUGAUCCGGGUCGCAAGCGCACGGACAGCGACAAUGGCGAUUCGCUAGACUCUGUGGGCAAUGGGGAUAUUUCGCUAGAGGUCAACAUCGACAUCGAGAUGGAGAACGAGAACAUCUUCAAUAACGGAGAUGACCGCAACGUCCCCAUCGAGGAGACCAAUUGCAUUGCUAUGAAGGCCAGCUGCCCACGCAGCGACGACAGCGCCGCUGCUCCGCCGAAGGCCAAGAAGGCCAAGCUCGACUUUGACGAGAAUGAGCAGCGCGACGAAGAGGAUGCUGAAGAAGCGGAUGAGGAGGUCGCCACCAUGAACAGCAAGUCCAAAGCAGACAAAGCCAAGGCAGAGACUGCUGAUGAAGACCGUGAUCUGAAGACGGAUGUGACUGAAGCUGCUCGCGAGAUACCCGAAAUUGAGGAACCCGAUGAAGAGGAGGAGGCACCAGUCAAGAAAUCAUUCAGCGCAGACAAGGAAGCGAAGAGCCUAACGACAGAGCCUAACGCGGAUAUUCCAGAAUUGGCCGAGCCCGAUGAGGUUGACAAAGGCGUUGCAGAAACUGUAAAGGAUGCAGCCAUCGACAGUCAGGUCAAGGAUCCAUUGACCAGUGCGGACGAGGAAGAUGCGGCCGGUGGGCAGAUGAAAAUUGUUGAAAAGCAGGAAGUGGAGAGAGCUGAAAAGAAGUCGGACUCGCCAGCGAAAGAUGCAGAGAAAGCAUCGAAGCAGAGCGAAGAUGCCGCUGUCGACGAUUCUGAUGAGAAGAAAUCAUCCACGGACGCCAGGCCAGCGGAGCCAGCUGAGAAGGCGGAGCAACCAGCAAAGGCCUCACCAGAAAAGGCCAGUGAACCAGCAGCUGUCGCGGGCCAGUCUGUAGCUGACAAGGAUGGAGAUUCUGUGGCCGCAAAGGCACCUGAUGCCGAGGCCAAGACUGACACUCAGCUGGAGAUCAAGGCAGACCCUGUUGACGAGAGCAAUACCGAAAAGACUGAGACCAAAGCAGCAACUGCAGCUGUUGCUGAGCCGGCUGCGAUUGCUGCAGCAGCUCCAGCUGCAGAUGAUCCAGAGAAGGCGCAGAAGAUCGCUGAUGCGACCGCCGAUACAGAUGGAGCUGCAGUUGCAGUUGCAGCUGUUCCCGUUACAGCUGUUCCCAUUGAGACCGAUGAGUUGGCCACGCCUCAAUCGCCGCCAGCAACAGAAGCCGACGAAGCGCCGGCAACCGAUACAGUUGCUUUUACAGCCUGUGCCACGCCCACAUUGGCACUGAACGAUCAGCCCAUGGAGGAUACACCAGUCGAGGAGGACGAACAGAACUCGAUCACAGCGGUCGUCGAGGAGGUUGUCAUGGCCGAGAGCAGUUUGCUUAUUGGCGACAUGGCCACCGACGACGGGCCCAAGGAUGAGCCGGACGCCAUGGAGGUGGAUGACACCAGUCAGGAGGUAAUGGUCCAAUAAAUGAUGAUGAUUGGCUCCCUGCGGUCACGCAGAUCGACAGCGACUAUUAUGAAUACUUACACCUACUCCACAUACAUAAAUAGAAUAUAAUGAGUAGAAGAUAAAAAGGAUACACACACACCGACACACACACAGCAGACCAAUCCCAAGAGUUGUGGGAUAUAUAACUUGAUUAUCUAGGGUUUUACCUUUAGGCCAUAGCUGAUAUAAUACUAUGAUAUAUGUAUGUAUGUCUCCAACGUAUUCCCAAUCGAGCAUUCAGAACCGUCUGGAGAUGCACUCACACACACACACAGACAGACAGACACAUCGUGAAUUAUUAUUAUUAUUUUUUUUUAAUUGUAAGUUUGAGAAUUAAGUUCAUGCAGAUCUAUAUUCCAUAUAUAUGAUAGUUUUCCAUAUUGUUGAGCGUACAUGAAUCGAUCGAACACAUUAUGUCAUAUUUUAUAUUUAUGUAUCAUUGCCCGUUCCACAAUGAGCAAUUACUAUUAUCUCUUAUCUCUUAUGUAUUAUCUAUGAUCAAUUAUCAUUAAGCUCAAAAGUUGAUCAUCCACUUUCGUUUACUAUUCGAUAUAGAAUUUAAUCAUAAUUUUUAAUUCCUUUAUUUUCCAACAUAGAAGCAAGUCAAAUCAACUUCAUACAUAGCUAAUAAUGAAAUAUUGGAAAACGUUUAUUAUCAAGAAGAGAGUACGAUCUUUAUACAAUGGAUUAUAUGUGUUUAGCACAUCAGAAUUCUCCUCUAAUCAAUGUCAUGUCUAAAUAAAAAUUAUUGCGUUUAUGUGUGUAUAGAUA